AUGUCUGAUAGUGAUAUUAUGUCCAAAGUGAAGUUGCAUCAUUCAAAAUGUGCAAAUAGUGUGAAAAAUGUUGUAGCUCCGUAUUUUGAUGGAAAUUUGAUUUCUGAUAUAGGAGAUAGAAAACUUAGCCUGUUAUUAGAUGAAUCCAAUGAUAUAUCGAUAAACAAGCUGUUAGGAAUUGUUAUCAUAUAUUAUAGUGACACUCACAAAAAAGUGGUACAAACAUAUCUCAGUAUGGUACCUUUAGAAACAUGUGAUGCAGAUGGCAUUUUAGAUGCCUUAAAAACUGAAUUAGUGAAAAAAAAAUUAGAUAUAAAAAAUUUACUGGGUAUAGAAACUGAGAAUGCUAGAGUAAUGACAGGAGUCAACAAUGGUGUUUUCCAGAAAUUAAAAGAAGUUCCAUCAUUAAUUCUAUUUAGAUGUGUAUGUCAUUCUUUACAGUUGGCAGUAUCCCACACUUGUGCUGAAUGCUUACCCAUUAAUUUAGAAUUUUUAGUAUCCGAAACCUAUAAAUGGUUCUCUCAUUCUUCAACAAGACAAAGUGCCUACAAACAACUUUACUUUGCUAUCAAUGAUAAAGAACCUUUGAAGAUUGUGAAUUCUUGUACAACCAGGUGGCUGUCAACAGAACCAGCUGUAAAUAGAAUUUUAAGCCAAUGGUUUGAAUUGCACUCAUUUCCAAACUACAACUACAAAAGAAAAAUGCUUUACAGCAUAAACGUUACAUGA